UUUCAUCGCCUUCAAGCAUCCGUCAUGUCUGCCGCAAUUCCACCAUCUUCUCGGGAUAGCGAGAGGGAUGUGCGUGGCCAUAUUUCGCGUACCCAUACCACCCCUUCCGAGUCCCGAUCCCUUCUCUCUCGCGUCGAUUCCAUCAAACAACAGUCCGAAUCUACGCGCACAGCAUCCUCCAGCGAACACGCCCUCCCUGCAGCUCCCCCCAAUCACCAGCGCUUCGUACUCACGGACAAUGUGGCUCUCAAGUAUCUAGAAGACGAUCCUGGCACCACUGUCCUCUCUCGCCGCGAAAAGCUCGAGGGCUAUGAAGUAUACCUGGUCGAGCAAUGGGCGUGCUCCCGCGUGCACCCCACCUUUAUCAUCACGACUUAUACAGGCGACCCAAAAGAUACUGCCUGGGCUGGUGUCAUUAGCGUACCCAAAGACGAAUCGCAAUGGUCGCCGGCUAUGAGGAUGUACUUUAAGGCGCUGAACGAGUAUCACGCUCGUAGGAAAGAGACGAACCUAGGCACGCUCAUGAUUACAAAUCUCAACGGCUUCCCAUCAUCUUUGACCAUCAUUCCCGUUCCAGACGGGGAUCCAAGAAAGCAUCGAGAACUCUUCUUUGUAAAUGAAAAUUUGAAGAGGCUGGGCUGUUCGGGACGCCUGGGAAUCAAAUUGGCGGAGCCGAGCAGCGCAACCCAGGCAAAAUUCUACCAGCUCUACCGGACAAGCGACAAAGUUCCCCUCCACAGUGCUGUGAUUGAAUUGGUCAAGCUUUGUCAAGUUGCAUUGUUCAUUUUCGGGAAGUUGGCUCCUGAAUACGCAGAUGGUCUACUGUGCGACAUCACUGAAAGGGCCAUCAAUGACUGGUGGGUUGAGUUUGGCGCAGAAUACUACACUGUCGAGCCCCACGAUGGCAUUCUCGGGCCCACCACUGUUGCUGCGCUGUUGGGCUUGCUCAUGGGUGCGAGAAACAGACUGAGCGCAUACAAUGCCCCCGUUGCCAAAGAUGUAUUCGACAUAGACAGCACGACCAAAGCCAUUUCGCAUUUCCAAAAAGCGCAGCGCAUCACCAAAUCACGAAUUUUGGACCGUCAAACACUCGAGCGACUGCGAAGAGCUACUGCAAAGGCAGCCACAAAAGAGAGCUGGGCAGUUCCCCGCGCCUUCAAGAGUACAGUGGCUGAGUUGGGUGGUAAGGGCGGUGAGAUGGUCAUGGGGAUGGUCGGAGCGGGCGACAAGGCUGGGAUUGCUGAUAUCGAGACGGUGGACAUGGAUCGUUUCAUCGAGCUCGUCUCGGGUGAGCGUGCCAAGUGGUUGUGGUAUGGAAAGCCGCGGAAGAGCAACACGGCGGACAUGUUCAGUCGAUUACCUGGUGGAGAGGAUGUCUCCUCGACCGCUGACCAACAACAUGGCACCAAAAGUGAUACUUUACAGGAACCUCAUCCGACAACAGCCCGUAACAGUAUGGAAUUGGGAAUGGCUAGACGGGCCGAGUUCAAUUUGCUAAACGAAACCGCGGAGAAGGAACGUGAUCCGUAUUCAAAAAGAUCAGCUAUCAAGAGAGCAACUGGAAAGAUUGAAUCAGGAACCGGAUUCCAUCGCAUCAAAGACAAGGUCAAUCGCCGUACACACCAGCCCAAAUCUUCAAAAGACGAUGCAACACGCACGCAAAACGAGAUAGUCUCUCCUACCAAUUCGAACCACGACAGUCACCUUGCAGCCCUAAUGCGUCGCGAGAGCACCAGGCGUAGUACAGAGUUGGGCCGGGCUGCCACUGCUGCCACCAACACCACAGAUGCCGACCCUGCCUUUACGAAUACGUUGACCGAGACCCCGAGAAACUCAACAAGUACCCUGGCCGUCGAGGAAAGCGCGCGAUUAAAGAGUAAAGCCAAUGACGACUCAAUUGCGACUGUAAAACCAAGUCAGGCAGAGAGGGAUGGAUCUAGACCACCGACUGUCGAGGACUCUGUCGCAGGCUCUAUCUACCGUGGAGUUGACCUCAAUGAUAAGCUACCCUUUGAGGAAGCCAGCUUGGUGCCUCCUUUGCUUCGUCGCACGCAUUCAGCCGAUCAACUCGCCUCAUACUUGCCCACCCACCGCAACGACAAUCGAUGGCCGCGUCAUCUCUCUUUCAGUAUCGCUGAAGAGAGCGUCCUGACCUGGAACAGCGUCGUCUCGACCACCGACUCAACGCCUCCUCCCCCAGCCACCACUAUGGCGCGUCUUUAUGCUGAAUUUGCGUCACAGCGCGUUCUCAGUGAGGAAGCGAAGCGCCUCUACCACUUUCUUUCCCUUGUCUCCUCUCAGGACCUCGCAUGGUCGCAAACACACCUUUCCGAGGUCACCAAUCUCGACGCAUCCGCCGACCAAGACGCUGUGCAGCUCGACGGGCUUUACUAUCCUGCUCUCGAAACAUAUCAAGGCCUCCGCGAAGACGCGCACGAGAUCAUCUCCUCGAAUCGUGUGCAGCUUACCGAAGCACUACGAGAACUGGCUAAUGUUGGGGACAAGCUCGAGUACGAGAUUGGUGGACUGCGAAGUCGUGUCGAUGAUGUGGAGGAUGGAGUCGCAGAGUUGGAGCGUCUGGUUAUAGAUGUCGAGGAACGAGUACAGGAGCUGGAGAGUGUGAUUGGUGGUGCAGAGAGGGAGGGAUGGUUUCGCUGGGUGCUUCGGCUAUUGACUGGGAUUGAUGGUCGGGGUUGA